AUGCCUCUCAUCUCAGACUUUCCGGCCCUCCCCGGGAUCUACCAAAUGCUCUUUCUGCACAUCGAGCCCAUAUUGACAGUGCUCCCUGCCGUGAUGGCAUGGAUUGCUCCAGGAGCUGCGUGGUUCCACCACCAGCUCAUCCCGGACGGCACGCCCGUUCCCACGUCGCUCGACAACGCACGGACGACCAUGGCCAUAUGGCAACUUGGAAACUGCUACAUGCUUCUCGGCCUUAUUUCCACCUUUGUCUUCCGGGCGGUCCGCGACGCCCUGCCCAAUGACCCGGUCGCACAAGAGCGUAUCCUCGGCGCGAGCUUCACCGCCCUCGCCUUGGCAGACGUUACCCACAUCAUUUGGUCUUGGGUCGGCCUCCCCGACGACCUUAAGUACGCCUUUGGCCAAUGGAACUCGAUGACGCACGGGAACAUCUCUUUCGUCGUCGUCCUGCUCAGCAUGCGGAUCGCGUGGUUUUUGGGCGUCGGCCGAAAGCGGUUCUACUUCGGGCAGCCUCAGGCGACGAAGCCCCCGCCCAAGGACAGGUCCGCCUGA